UAGAUAGAGGAUUCGGCAAAGAUAUAGCAUGGAUGACUUUUACGGAAGGACUGCAGCAUGCCAAGCAAAACAAGAAGCCUGCAAUGGUUAUAAUCCAUAAAACAUGGUGUGGAGCCUGCAAAGCACUUAAGCCACACAUUGCCAAAUCUACUGAGAUCCACAAGCUGAGUAAAAACUUUGCGAUGAUUAACGUAGAGGAUGACGAGGAGCCAAAAGAUGCAAAAUUCAACGUUGAUGGUCUGUAUUUUCCACGAGUAUUUUUCCUUGAACCCAGCGGUGAGGUAAUCAAGUCGAUCCACAAUACUAAGYUAAGAUACAUCAAAUAUAAAUACGCGUACGGCGAUGAAGAAACAGUACUGAAAUCUAUGAAAGCUGCUUUAAAACAAUUCUCCYCAAAAGAUGAAACGAAAGAAGCAAAACAGGAAACCAAAAAAGAAACAAAGCAGGAAGMAAAACAGGAAAAGAAAGAAAAAACUCAACAAAAAACAGAAGCAAAAGCUGCUGACAAGAAGCCUGCAAAAUCAAAGAUUGAUAUGUCAGGAGUCGACAAGGGUCUCGGAAAACACUUCAACUGGGUAUCGCUAGAUGAAGGUUACAUUGCCGCCAGGAAAAGUUGGAAACCGAUGCUACUUGUCAUUCAUAAGAGUUGGUGCACGGCUUGUCAAUCGUAUUUACCGAAAUUCGCUUCAUCAAAUGAUAUCAAAGCACUUAGCAAAAAGUUUGUCAUGGUUAAUGUACAG